AUGGAACUGCCCUUCCACCACUUCGCAGUUCACGGAUCUUAUUCAAAUCCUGCUCAGGCUUUCCAACCUCAACAACUUCAGCGCACAACCCUUCUCUCAACAGUACGAUGUGUUACCAGGUCGUCGAACUCUACAGUGCCUGCAAAUGCUUGUAUUACCAGCAAGCCGUGGAUAGAUGUGCCUCGUUCGGGCGCCCGGGACAUCGUAUUCAACAGAGAACAAUCUAUGUGGGAUAUGCUUGUACCAUUCAUUCACGUGCCGGACCAAAUAGAUUUAAAGUGUUCCAUGAAGACACAGGACCGUCAACCGCAUCGAAGCACACGACGACUCAAAGCUCGGUCAAAUUCCUCGGAAGCCAGAGAGAAUCAGCUCAAACGGCCACUAGACACAGGCCUCGCCAAGGACCAGAAUCCAAGAUCGAUAGCCCAAAAUGAUGGUCGCUCUAGCACUGACAGCGAUUUUGCAAAUGCUGAACCUACAAUCAAUCUGGAAGAGGACACAUCAUCUGACGAUUCGUCUUUUGACCUUGGCACACCACCCGAGCCGGUCUCUUCGGCGUCGUCAUAUUCCCAAUUGGGUUCUGAUGUCCUGGAACUCUUACUCAGCGAACUUCUAGCCUUUCAGGAUCUCUGGUACCUGUGGCCUCAGCUAGUAGCGAGCUUCAAGUCCCGCAAGGACUUCCAUAUCCUGAUUGCGCGGUUCAUAGAGCUCUAUGCCGACGACCUGGAGAACCUCGCAAUUGGACGGGAAUCCGGAGACGACCCGAGAUAUAUAACGAAAGGACUCCAGGAGAUCACUGCUGCACGUUUCGUCAGGAAGUCGAGGCUAGCCAUCGCACAGAGAGUCUGGGCAGUCCACAAGCCGGUAGCUACUGGCGUGGCGGGAGUGUGGGCGUCGGAGGAAGGCGACUUCGUUGAAAAGCCCGACGACAGCGUCGAUGACUAUAUACCGUUCGCGUUCUCUGAAGCGAAAGACUUCCUUUUCGAGACUCUGCCAAUUAUUGCUCUUCAGUCCCGCGUCAAGAGAUUCGUUUCAGAGCGCCAUGAGACAUCCAUUCUCUCUGCAGUCACCGAGUUUCUGACGAUUCGAGUGGAGAAUGUGUUUCAUCAAGUUGCACCUCCCGAGUCGGGUAACUAUCGUAUCUUUUGGAAAUGUCGUUGUGGAAAGAGGUCUUACGACGACUUCAAGCAACUCGAGAGUGGAGGCGUGAACGAUCUCACAGAAACCUUCCGCACUUACGCGAACGAAGACCAUCUGUCGGAGGGGUGUAAGCAAGAGAUGCGAUCCUCACCAGGAUGGAGGCGCUGGAUAGGCAAAUCAUCCGCAUCCAGCUCGGCGCAACUGCCCUUCUCUCAAAAGUCCAGUGUGGCCGAAUCCGCCAUCGGGUCGUGUCACAAGACGAGCCAGAUACAGCGCAAUACUCACAAUUAUGUACUAUUAUGUGUUCCUUUCAUGAAGAAGGCACUUAAGCUCCACAAUGCCGAAGUCUGCAAGAUCAACUCGGACAGAGAGUUCUUCAGAAUGUUGCGCUAUUACUACACCCAGCACUGUCCUCGAAAACGGUUCUCGAUUCCGAAAAGGGUCCAGGCACUCAACUUUGUACAUUUUGAGGUCUACAGAAGCAAGCUAGUCGACAUCCUGUCCACUCCAUCACUGCCGCCGAAUGACCAACCCGGCACUGACUAUAUGUACGAGCCAAUGCCACCGGCAACCAACCCACCUGUUGGUCCGAACCUCCUGAUGCACUUGUUCGAGCACCCAGACCACGCUGAAGUGACCCCCGUACUGUACAAAAGAAUUCCUCGGAAACUUCGGGCCAAGCUGGAGGCCUGCCCUAUCCAAGGUAGCUCAGCGGGAUGGGGCAUACAUUAUGUGGAGGGGCUUGAUCGGCUGACCAUGUACAUCUAUGGUUGUGUGGGAUUCGCUAUUGCGUUGGUCAUGGCUGUCAUCUGGGCGUCGAUUCGAGAUGACGUACAAGGAGGCUUUGCGAUUGCCGGAUUUCUCAUCGCAUUUCUUGCAUUCUGUGGAUCACUGGUGCAGUCCGAGUUUGGAGGGUUCUAG